AGCAGUCGGAUUUUGCUGAAUGAGGACAACGUUGAUACAAAUCGAGGCCGAAGCGAGACCCAAACAGGUGAAAGAACCGAAUUGGAGUUUAGGAUUGUGGCCCAGAGGGUCCCUUGUAGCGUUCUCUGGUUUACCGAGACGUGGGGUGGACGCUAAUUGGGCGAAAUGUGGCAUUUUUGGUACAUCAUGAUUAUCUAACAUAAUUGGUGCUCGCAUGACUUCAAAGCUUCAGUGGCUUCGGCUGGUGUAAAGCAUGGGGCUGAAAACACAGCGACCUCGAUGUUUUUUUGACAUAACUGUCAAUAAUCUGUUUGUGGGCAGAGUUGUCUUUGAAUUGUUCUCAGAUGUGUGUCCAAAAACUUGCGAAAACUUUCGUUGUCUCUGUACAGGUGAAAAGGGGGUAGGAAAGAGUACUCAAAAACCUUUGCAUUAUAAAGGUUGCUUAUUUCACAGAAUUGUAAAGGAUUUCAUGAUUCAAGGAGGUGAUUUCAGUGAAGGAAAUGGCAGAGGGGGUGAAUCUAUCUAUGGAGGGUUUUUUGAAGAUGAGAGCUUUGAAGUCAAGCACAAUAAGGAGUUCCUGUUGUCUAUGGCUAACAGAGGAAAAGAUACAAAUGGUUCACAAUUCUUCAUAACUACAAAGCCUGCACCUCAUUUAGAUAGUGUACAUGUGGUCUUUGGUCAAGUUAUUUCAGGACAAGAAUUAAUAAGAGAUGUGGAAAACCAGAAAACAGAUGCAAAUAGUAAACCUUAUGCAGAAGUCCGAAUCUUAAACUGUGGAGAAUUGGUUCCAAAGACCAAAGCCAAAAAGGACGAAAAGAAAAGAAAAAAAUCUUCUUCAUCCUCUUCAAGUGACUCUGAGAGCUCUUCUGACUCAGAUUCUUCAUCAGAAUCAGAAAGUGAAACAGAUGAAGAUUCUAAGAAACAGAAAAAGAAACAACACAAGAAAGAUUCAAAAAAGCGAAAGAAAGAAAAAAAACGAAGAAAGAAAUCAGUCAAAAAAAGCUCAUCAGAUGAAAGUGCAGAAAGUACCACACAGGAGACUGUUGCCACUGUCCGUCCUGAAGAAAUUCCACCUGUACCUGAAAAUAGGUUUCUCAUGAGAAAAAGUCCUCGUAAAAAAGAUGAGAAAGUGAAAGAGAAGAAAAAAGAAAGAGAAAAAGAGAGCAAUGUUUCAAAUUCCCAGAUUUCUACAUAUCAAAGACGACUCUUAGUAACUAGAUCAGGAAGAAAAAUUAAAGGAAGAGGACCUAGGCGUUACCGAACACCUUCACGAUCGAGGUCUCGGUCAAGGGAUCGAUUUAGGCGCAGUGAAACUCCACCACACUGGAGGCAGGAGAUGCAACGGGCUCAAAGAAUGAGGGUUUCUAGUGGAGAGCGUUGGAUAAAAGGAGAUAAGGGUGAGCUGAAUGAAAAGAAAGAAAACCAUGAUGAUAGAAGUCCAGGCAGAGGAAAAGAGAGAGUGGCUGCAGACCACAAAUCAGAAAUAUUGGAGAGUCAAGAAAGGAGCAAAGAGAAGGAGAAGAAAACAGACCAAGAUUCUGGCAGGAAUCAUCGAUCCAGAAGUAAAGAAAGGGAACAGAAGAAAACAGACAAAGAUGACAAACUUGAUAAAACCAAGUCUAAAAGGAGAGAUAAGUCAAGGAGUAAAGAAAGAAAUCAAAGCAGAAGCAAAGAUAAAGAAAAGCAAACCAAAGCCAGAAGCAAGGACAGAGAGCAGAAACAAAACAAAGAAAAGAAGGCAAAAUCGAGAAGCAAAGAAAGGGAACAUGCAAAAGGCAAAGAGGGGGAUAAAUAUGCAAAAUCAAGCAGAGAGCAAGAACGAAAUAAAAGUAAAGAGAGAAGAAAACGUGAAAGAUCCAGAAGUCGAGAACAGAGUAGAAGCAGAGAGAGGGGGAAACGAGCCAGGUCAAAAUCUAGAACUCGUGAUCAAGAACAGAGUAAUAGUAAAGGAAGGGACAAGGGGUCUGAAUCAAAAUCCAGCACUUACGAUCAAGAACAAAGUAACAACAAAGAGAUCGUGAAACAGAGGGAAUCAAGAAGUAAAGAUCGAGAACAAAGUAAAAGUAAGGAGAGACGGAAGCAAGCCAAAUCAAAGUCUAAAAGCCGAGACCGCGAUGAGAGUAAAAGCAAAGAAAGAGCUAAGCGGGCCAAAUCACGAUCUAAAAGUCGAGGAAGGAGUAAAAGUGGAGACCGAGAAAGACGGGCCAGAUCAAAGUCUAAAAGUAGGGAACGAAGCAAAAGCAGAGAACAAGAAAAAAAGACCAAAUCAAAAUCUAGAAGUCAGGAUCGGGAAGGGAGUAAAAACAAAGACAGAGGGAGAAGGGCCAAAUCCAGAAGCAGGGAUCGGCAGCAUUAUAGAAGUAAAGAUAGAGGAAGGCGAGGAAAAUCUAGAAGUAAAGAUAGGGAAAAAGAGAAAAGCAGAGAGAGAGAAAAGCAUGUAAACUCCAAAGGUAGAGACAGGGAACAUAAACACAGAGAAAACUGGACUAAAUCCAGCAGUAAUGGUGAGGAACGCAGCAGGAAUAAAGAUCAAGAAAAGAGAACUCGAAGUAAGGAAAGGGAUAGAAGUCAGAGCAAAGAAUAUCAAAAGAACAGAGAUAAAGAACAGAAAAAAAGAGGGCGGUCAAGGAGCAGAGACAGAAGAAGCCCUGAAAAGGACAGGCAUGAUGACUCGAGGAAAGAAGAAAAAUCCAAAAGUUCAGAAGAUAAAAUUAAGGAGAAAGAGUUAAAAAUAGCUGAAGUUGUAAGUACAAAUGGUAAAAAGUUACACAGCAGGGAGCAUGAGAAACUGAAAAGCCAUACCACAAGCCAGGUUAGGGAUCAAAGCAGUAGUUCUGAGAGUCUGAAAGAGAAUGAGGGGAAAAAUAAGGAGAAGGAACAAAGUAGUAGUCCCAGUUUAAAGAGGAAAAGGGGUGAUAGUAAAAGUGAAAAGAAUGAAGAGAAAUAUGCAUCAAGAAGCAGUUUGUGUGAAAAUGAUAAAAUUAACCAGUCAAACAGCAGGGUAAAAGAUCAGAACCAUGAUAAAAAGCACUCAAGUUGUGAUUCAGCCCCAAGUUCAGAUGAAGAUAAAAGUGAAUAAAUGUGCUUUACAGAUAAGCAAUCAAUUGCCAAUAAAUGUUUCUGUGAUCUUUAUUUUUCAGAGGCAUGUUUGGGACAUGUCUUUUAAACUUGGAUUUCUGUUGAGUUUGUUUUUUUUUUGACAAUCUGCAGCCCGAUUAUUUGUAUUACUGGACUUUUAAUAAAUUUGUAAAGUGUUGCAAAAGUUGGUUUCAUCUAAUGACUUAAUUUUUGGAGCUUUAUUAGUUUUAACUUUAUAUUUUUUUGGUUUUUAAAACAACAAAUGACAUUGCAGAUUGAGUUUUGUGUUCUUUAUUGUGAUCAUUUUCAUUUAUCUUUAAUGGCAAUAGUAUGUGAAUGGCUAAAGGCUUCCUGGCAAUUUACAUUUUAUUUUGUUUUUUACUCCAAAGAGUAGUUUAAGGGAACUGGGUAGGGUUCUUGUAUGAAAUAAAUUUUAAGGGAUUUGAUCAAAUGUCUCUUUAAAAUUGAUUACAAUUCAAUGUGGUUAACAUUAUAUUGGUGGUGUUGCUCAGCAAGAUCAGAAGGGUCCAAAAAGGAGAACUGCAGGUACUGGAAAUCUGAAUUAAGAUAAAAUGCUGGGAACACUAAGGGCAGGGAAUAUCUGUGGAGAGGGAGCUGAAGUUAACAUUUUCAGGACAUAAGAUGCUGCCAAAACUGCUGAGUAUUUUCAGCUUUUUCUGGUAAGGAUGAUUGAUAUGGAGUAUAAAACAUAAAAAAAAUUUAAAGCUAGUUUUCAACAUUCAUCCCUGGAAGUGACUAAAUAAUUAGUUAAGAUAUUUUGUCAACUUGAACACAGAGUAUCAUUAUAAAUAUCAGCUUAACUGCCCAUGACAAGCUUCAUUUUUAUAUAUCACAUUAAAAUAUUGCAGAAUCUGUUAAAUACCUUGUUUUUAGCUUAGUUGUGAUGUAAUAAACAGUACACAAAACAAACAUGAUUUGGGAGCUUUAGAACUUUCAUUUACUGUAAUGUCUUGCCCAUCGGUUUGAUUUCACCUUUCUCAUUUGCUUAGAUGUUGAACCUAGCUAAGCUUAAAACUGCAGAUAAUUAGAAAUUAUAGGUCAGAAAUAUACAUUUUUGAAAUUUUGAUUCAUUUAAAUUUACUCUGAUUGAAUUUGUGUGAAGCACACCAGAGUAGUAAUGGUUCUCAGUCCUGAGCCGAGCCGCAAAAUUCUGAAAGUACUGGUGUGUAAAAACUAUUUGCAAAGAUUGCUAUGGAAUUUAUUCUUUCGUGUGAUUGUUUAAUGAUUAAUGCAUUACAACACCACACCAAACAUGUUUCAUAAAGUGAAAUGUCAUGCUAUCAUAUUUUAUUCCAAACCUCUACAUUUGGAUAAAUGUUUCUUAUUUUGCUAAAGCUCUUAAUCUGGAGAAAAAGAUGCUCCUGUCUCCUCUUUCCCCUUCAUAAUUCAAAAUCCAAGUUCUAAACAGAGAUCCAUUGAGUAGUUUUAUCUAAAAUGUAUCUGAUGGCAAGUUCUACAUACCUGUUGUACUACCUAGUUUUGAAAAUAUCUUCAGGAAUCUUAAUGCUUGAGGCAAGCAAUGUUUAAUGUUUAUUUCAUUUUCUUGUCCUUGAAACUGUCAAAAAGUUAUCUUUAUCACAGAUUCUUUCUGGAAGCAUCUUGUAUUUUUCUGAUUUAAAUUUAUUCAUAUGAAAAGAUAAAGAUUAAAAUCUUUAUUUUUCUAAACUCAUGGAAACAGAUUUGUUUCUCCACAUAAUUAAAUUCUGUAGUAAUUUCUGAAAGAAUGUGUUUCUUUAGAAAGUGUAUAGUUACAGUGUAUGGUCCUUGUGAUAUUUUCUACAAAGUUCUAUCAUGCAAUAAAAUCAUAUUGCAAGCA